AUGGAAGCUGCAAUCCCACGACUGGUGCCUGUACUUGUGUGGGCCAAUGGGGCGGAACGACAUGCACUACGUGUGGCUGUCAAAAUGGUGGGAGCUGCAAUCCCACGACUGGCGCGUGUAGCUGUGUGGGACAAUGGAGUGGAACGACAUGCACUACGUGUGGCUGUCAAAAUGGUGGGAGCUGCAACCCCACGACUGGCGCGUGUAGUUGUGUUGGCCAAUGGAGUGGAACGACAUGCACUACGUGUGGCUGUCAAAAUGUUGGGAGCUGCAACCCCACGACUGGCGCAUGUAGUUGUGUUGGCCAAUGGAGUGGAACGACAUGCACUACGUGUGGCUGUCAAAAUGGUGGGAGCUGCAAUCCGACGACUGGUGCCUGUACUUGUGUGGGCCAAUGGAGCGGUGGGACUUGCUCAGAAAUUGGAGAAUUGA